AUGGCUUCUACCGCUGAGAAAGCUUCGACACAGAUGGACGUCAAGAACACAUCGACUCCGUCAGACCCGCCUUCCAUCAAAGAUGGCACUCACGACGACGUCGGCGUCGGUGUCGGUGUCGUCCUCACCCACGACGAAUACCACCUGGCCACCCUGGGCUACAAACAGGAGUUCAUCCGGUCGCUGGGCUUCUUCGAGAGCUGGGCCGCGACAUUCACCUCGAUGAACUUCAUCUCCGGCAUUCCCGUCUUGUUCGGCUGGGUCAUGUACACGGGGGGACCUCAGGCCGCGUUCGCCAACUGGACCAUGGUGGGCGGCCUGUCCUGUAUCGUGAGCCUGGUCAUGGCAGAGCUGGCCGCCUCCCUGCCCACCACGGGCGGCAUCUACUUCUGGAGCUACCGUCUGGGCGGAGAGAAAUACGGCCCCUUCCUGAGCUGGAUGACCGCCUGGUGGAACUGGGCGGGCUGGAUCACCGUCGUGCCCGGCGUCCAACAGGGCUCGACCAACUUCCUGGUCUCGGCCCUGAUGAUCAAGUACCCCAACUCCACGGUCCUGCACAAGGGCUGGUUCCUGUGGCUGCUCACGAGCAUCGGCAUGAUCUUCGCCAUGAUCCCCAACAUCUACAACCCGCGGCUGCUCCGGCUGUACUUCCGCUUCGCCGUCGUCAUCUUCUUCUCGCUCUUCUUCAUGUACUGGAUCUGGUUCCCCGUCAAGGCCUCCGAGAAGCAUUUCAACAGCAGCCACGGAGCGUUUGAUUUGUUCUACAAUGGCAUCAACUUGGGCGACAAAAAGGAGGCUUCUGACGGGUACUGUUGGGUCAUUUCUGUUCUAUUUGGAGCUUGGGUCUUUUAUGGAUACGAUGCCUCGGCGCAUUUGGCUGAAGAGACCAAACAAGCCUCAACCGUUGUCGCCAAAGGCAUCUACAUUUCCACUUUCUCAGCCUGGCUGUUGUCAAUUCCGACCCUCAUCAUCAUUCUGUUCUGCAUGCAAGAUUUCGACGGCAUCAUCUCAGCAACAUAUGCAAACAACUGGGCCGAGUACCUUGUGCAACUCAUCGGUGAGAACGGCGCGGUGGCCAUUCUUUCACUGCUCUGGGUCGACAGCACGUGUGCCACAGCCAGUUGCUUCAUGUCGGCCCAGCGAGUCACUUAUGCCAUCUCCCGUGACGGAGUGCUCCCCUUCAGCUUCUUCUUCAGGAAGCUCUCCAAGCGCAAGAUGGCCGUCAACGCUGCGCUGCUCGUGUUUGUCUUGUCAUGUGCCAUCACAACGGCCGUCAUUGGCUCUGCGGUCGCAUUCUCAGCCAUCACAGCCACGGCGACGAUCGCCACCAACUUUUCGUAUCUGAUCCCGAUCGUUGCGAGACAGACAGUUGGGCGCAAGUCGUUUGUACCGGCAAAGUGGAAUCUGGGGAAAUUCUCCGCACCAUUGGCCCUUGUAGCCUCGGCGUACAUCUUGUUUCUCUUUGCGGUCCUUCUUCUACCGCAACUAUACCCGGUGGAUGCGAACACACUUAACUAUGCACCCAUCUGCAUCGGUAUCAUCACCAUCAUCAGCUUGGUGGGAUGGUUCUUCCCCGUAUGGGGCGCCAUGCACUGGUUCCAAGGACCGAUCAAGACCAUCACCGAAGAAGAACUGCGGAAUGCCCGUGUCGAAGGAGGAGUGGCGACAAUCGAGGAAGGAGACGCUCUGGCAAACUUUGAGUUUGGACAUCGGCGGAAGAGUGUGUGA